AGAGCGACUGAACAAAUGAAGGGGUGUAGAUAUCGCCCCUCUCUCUGUCCAGGGACUUUUCAGGGAGGACUGGACAGUCCCCCGGCUGUCCGCAGCAGGAAGAGGGAAAGGGGAGAGGCAUUACUUUGGACCUGUUAAUCAUUUAAUGAGAAUCUUCUUUACACCAUCCUGGACUGGACUGUAAACACAUAAAUUAGCAGGGCAGAGGAGGAUGAAUCAACGUCCGAGACAUUCCUACACUGUUCGAAGUUUGCGACGGUUUAGGGUGUGUGUGCGUGCGUGUGUGUUUUAGUGCGUGUGUGAGAACGUUGAGUGAGUUAUCUGCUUGGGUGUAGAUUUAAUAUCUACUAGUUUCUGUGUAUGGUUGAUGGACGAGGUGUGUGGCUGUAGUUACCUGGAGGUACUUGGAGGUACCUGGAGGUACUUAGCCAGCCGUCUGCUCCUAGAGGUUUGGGUUACCUGAGCUCCACCGGCUUGGCAGCGGGACAGCAAUCACCUUUACUACAGGACAGAGUCCAAAACCUUAUUGUUGUUCUGAGGAACUGUAAAGGUGGUGUGUUUGGUGUGUGUAGUUCUGUGGAAGUGUAGUCUCAGAGUGGGAGGGACUAGUAGAGGCACAGGGACAGAGGUGACACAGGUGAGAUAUAAAAGCAGGUGUGUGUGACCGUGUGUAUCUGAGGAUCACACUCACUCCUCUCUCGUCCGUCUGCGUCUGCUGACCAGAGAACAGACUUGGGGAUUAUCGGACAGUUGAUGAGCUUUAGGGCACUGCUAUUGUCCAGGGGAUCAACACACACAGAAGAGAAAGUGAGACUCCCUACUGGAACCGUUCUCGCCCUCUAAAGAGUACCAGCGUUGUAUUGUGGUGAAUGCCCUAAAAGAGGAGAGUAGACUGGAUAUUUGUAGUCUUUUUGUCUUUGAACUUGGCUACAGUACAGACACUACAGUACAGGAUAGAACUUUGGAACUGUUUUCGUUGUGGAUACACUUGUUGCCAUCUCUCGCACUCAGUCUUCAGCUCUCCAACUGAUGACAACUAUGCAAGGACUCGGACCACAGCAGAUACGCUUGGAGCUCUGACUGCCAUUCACACCUAGACCUCAACAAUGGAACCCCUCCAUAACAGCUUAUAAGCUAUCAUAACAACCUGUGGAACUUCAACAGUUCCUGUCCCAUUCAAACAAGGUGUUCAUUGUUUGGGGGAGAACGGAUCGAACCAACCUGCCAGUCUCCACGGACGGACAGGAUCAUGUACGUGCUGUGCACCCUGGUGGUACUGAGUAUCCACAGCCUCUUUAAGAGCCGACACAAGGCCCUGGAGCCCGGCGACAAAGAGGCUAGAGAUGGGGCCACGCUGCCUAGGGACAAGACCCCUCCAGUAGGGGAGGGAGGCAGGUCAAGGGACCUCAGUCUUGGAGGGGUUGUGGGGCCAAGGGAGAAGGAGAGAGGAAUGACUGUAGCCCUCUCUCAGGAUAAGAGGCAGAGGGCUCCUGCUGUAGACAGGAAGGCUGCAGGCUGCAACUUCACAGACAAACAAAGAGGUGACGGGGAGCUGCGCUGCAGCCAGGGCAGGCUGGGAUGCGAAGAAGGCAGCCUGGAGAAUGUGCCGGACAGCAGAAAACGAUUGCAGCCGGUCCAGAGACCCAGUGCUCUGCUCAGCCCUGCGGUCAUGUUCAGUACAAGAAAGACCUGGGACCUUGGCCACGCCCCCUGUCUGCAGGAGCUCUGGAAGAAAGACGUCUCAUUGGAUGCGAGCUCGGUGGACUUUUUGAUGAGUGAUGGUGAGGAGGACUGCGCCUUCCUGUCUCUACCCGCAGCCACUUUCCCACAACGCACCGCUCUGACCGCUACUGACCAGUUAGAAACCAGCCAGCACAACCACGACCAACAGCUACUCAUACAGACACUGCAGGAUAAAGUGUGUGAGUUCCAGGCGCGUCUGCGACGCGAGGAAGCUUCCCGGUGUCUGCAGCUGCAGAGACUGCAGCAGAGUCACGAACAGAGUCUGCAGGAGAAGACUAACGUCAUACACACUCUACAAGAGGAGCUGCACACAGCACUGCCCAACGGUGUGAGGGCAGUGCAGAGGCUGGGUGAGCCACAGGACCAUCAGCAGCACAGCAACCGUCACAUUCAGGAAGGAGAGCAGCUCAUCGCAGCGCUGCGCACACAGGUGGGGGAGCUGGAGGAGAAGCUGCUAGACCAGACCCAGGAGGUGGAGAGACUGCGCUCGGAGCUGGGGGCGACCGACCUGGAGAAGCACCUGGAGCUGCUGGUGGUCGAGAACGAGCGGCUGAAGCAGGAGCUGAAGGCAUGCAAGACCUCACUGCUCCAGGAGGCUCCUCCACCGGCCUGCACAGCCACUGACUGCCCCCACAGCCAGGAUGCGGAGGCCCUACGUGAAGCGGUGUCUUGCUGGGAGAGCCAGGCCAGACCGAGACAGAAGAGGCUGGCUGAAUUGGAGCAGCAGGUCCUGGAGAAGGCCAGCAUGGUGGAGACGCUCAGCCGACAGCUGGAGGAGUCCAAGCGUCACGCGGGGGAGAUGCAGAGGCAACUGGAGGAGUCUAAGUGUCAGCAGGGGGAGGUGGAGCAGCAGCUGAGCGUCCGGCUCAGAGACUGUGAGGAGGAGCUGGCCAGACAGGCCGCCCGGCCCCAUCAGGUCAAGUAUGUGACUGAGAUAGUGGAGGUGGAGUCGUCAGAGUCUCAGCAGGCCGUAGCCGAGGCCCAGGCCAAGAGCGCCGCCCUGCAGGAGCAGCUAUCACUGCAGAGACAGCUGCUCCGAGAGCUGGAGACACAGUUGCACGAUUCCCAGAGGACCAGCACCCAGCUCCGAGCUCAGCUGCGUGCGGACCGUGGCCGUAUCUGCGGCCUGCUCUCCAAGGCCGUCGGAAGGGGCAAUGGCGAGGUCAUUUGCAGGUUGUCUAAGAUCCUGGUGUACGAGGGGGAGAUGGAGCGGGCCCAGGGCCAGUUAGAGGCUGAAAUGCAGAACCUGGAGGAGGAGAAGAACAGGGUGAUAGAGGAGGCCUUCAUCAGGGCCGAAAGCGAGAUGAAGGCCGUGCAUGACAACCUGGCAGGUGUGCGUAUGAACCUUUUGACCCUGCAGCCAGCCCUGCGUACUCUCACCUGUGACUACAACUGCCUGAAGAGACAGGUUCAGGACUUCCCCUUCAUGCUGGAGAAGGCCAUCACCGAGGCCAAGCAGGAGAUCUGCCAGGUGAUAGGCGAGGUGAGCAGUGCCAACCAAGAGCUGCUGAGGAAGUACAAGAGAGAGAUGAACCUGAGGAAGAAAUGCCACAACGAGUUGGUGCGCAUGAAAGGUAACAUCAGGGUGUUCUGCCGGGUGCGGCCGGUGUGCCGGGGGGAGCAUGAUUCUGCCGAAAACAUGGUCAGCUUUGACCCAGACGACGAUGCCCUACUCUAUCUUUCCAACAAGGUCAAACUGAUGACCUUUGAACUGGACAAGGUGUUCCACCCUCAGGCCACACAGGAAGAGGUGUUCCAGGAGGUCCAGUCCCUGGUGACGUCCUGUAUUGAUGGCUUUAACGUGUGCAUCUUCGCCUACGGACAGACGGGCUCAGGAAAGACCUACACCAUGGAGGGUGUGGCCAAGGACCCGGGCAUUAACCAGAGGGCUCUCAGACUGCUGUUCUCUGAGGUGACUGAGAAAGCGCCCGACUGGGACUUCAAGAUCACUGUUAGCAUGGUGGAGAUCUACAACGAGACCCUACGGAACCUUUUGGGGGACAACCAGGGUGAGAAGCUGGACAUCAAGAUGAACCCAGACGGUAGCGGUCAGCUCUAUGUGCCGGGCCUCACGGAGUUCACUGUCCAGAGCCCUGAGGACAUCAACAGGGUGUUUGAGCUGGGUCACAUGAACAGGGCCACAGCCUGCACAAAUCUGAACGAACACAGCUCCCGCUCUCACGCCCUCCUCAUCAUCACUGUAGCAGGCGUCAACUCCUCCACCGGGCACCGCACGCAAGGUAAGCUGAACCUGGUUGACCUGGCUGGCUCAGAGCGGAUUGCUAAAUCUGGGGCAGAGGGCAGCCGCCUGCGAGAGGCCCAGUGCAUCAACAAGUCCCUGUCGGCCCUGGGUGACGUCAUCAAUGCGCUACGGAGCCGACACUCCCACGUGCCCUUCAGGAACUCCCGGCUCACCUACCUGUUGUCUGACUCACUGAGCGGGGACAGCAAGACCCUGAUGAUGGUGCAGGUGUCUCCCCUGGUCAGUAACAUGAGUGAGUCGGUGUGCUCUCUGAAGUUUGCCCAGCGGGUACGGACCAUUGAGCUGGGCAACGCCACCAGGAGACAGUGGGAGAACUCCUCCACCUCCUCCUCGCCCACCCACGACAGCGUGGAGCUGGACUCUCCCCCGGUGACUCCCGUGCCCCUCCCCAUCUCUCGAGCCAGCAGUGCCGGCUCCACCCUCUCUGCUUCCUCCAAAACCCCCACCACACGACGGAGGUCUCAGUCCCAGCUCUCUACAGACAGGCUGUUAGGCAGAGCCAGCCCAUUGGUGGGGGACGGUGGGCAGGACGAUUGAAACUGUUUGUCUGAAGGCUCUAAUGGAUUCAGAAUGAAACCAGAAGCUGAUCCAGUCAGCCAUUGGGCCAUCUGAACAGGAGGGUGUUAACCAGCACCUUGACCCACCAAUAGAAACUCUCUGCUUUGGAAUCCACUUUGGAAUCCACAUCAGCCCUGUCUCCUUCUGCUGAUCUCACUCAGCCAAUGGGUGAGAGCAACUGGAGUAGGCAAAUUAUCAGAUCUGACCGAUCGAACGGUGACAUUUUAAUUUGAGCUAUUUGAACAGCAGAGGGAUGAAGAGGGGGAUAUGAACUUUGACCCUCGUGGAAGGCCGCCUCAUGCUGCACAGCGAGACUCGGUCCCAAUGCUCUAAAAUAGCCUCCAGUUCUCCUUUUCUUCAUUACCACUGAUAGCUGAAAGGAAUCGAUAGGUGUUCAUUUUAGCCAGGACUGUUGUACAGCCCCCCAUAUCUUAACUACGUGCCCUCGUCUAUACCCCUGAAGGAACACAACACACCAGACUUCCACACCUGACUAGGGGCCAAAUGGGAGGAGCACCUGAGAGUAACACAGGCCCGUGUCCUAAAAACAACUCUCAUAAAGAAACCCUUUACUCCUCACAGCCCAGAACAACUCCACCCCACCUUUCACUCCGUCCCCUUUGACCCUUCAACUGAGCCUGUGAUCUAUUCUCCCAUUGGCCACCCCUCACCAUAAUGCCACACCCACACCCCUAGUGCUAACCAGUCCCAUCAUCCACUAACAGUAUAGCCCUUCUAAUCACAGUAUUUCUGGGUAAAAAUGCACUUUAAACAAGGCUGUUACCUUCUUGAUGUGUUUUCUAACAAUGCUCCAGUUACGGAUUAUGCUAAUAUGCAUAUACAGUAUAUAUGUGUGUUUGAGAUGUUUUUAAUCCCUCAAGUCUCCUUUUGUUGUUUUUUUUUACGAGGGUUCCAUCCUGGUCUCCUUCUCCCCCUCAUCCAAUCAGGGUACUCAACAGAUAUGGAGCUGGGCUUCUUUUGCCCAAUAAGACGCAAGCGAUAGAGACGUGAGUGCAGAGAUCGGUUAUCUUCCUGUGUAGCCGUUUGUGUUUUAGAUUUCUCCAGGGCAAUACAGAGCUGCCUCAGCACUGCAUGGAAACGUUCAUGUUGUCGUGUUUCUUGUACCGAGCGAAUAAAGCUAGACCGACUCAAACUCCCUGACAGACAGGAAACGCCAUUCCUGUUAUUGGAUGCUGCCGGUUGGAGUUGCCCAGAGGCACAUUUCUAGGAUCAGGUUAUCCAAUAGGGACACAACACAAAACUGACCCUAGAUCCGCAUCCAGGACAGCUUUAUCCUACUCCAUAUGGCUGACCACAAGCAGCCAAUGACAACAGAUCGCCUCAAAGAACAGACACAUAUGUAGCUACAGACAUUGCUGCCCCUGCGGGAGUGAUUCAGCUUGUGAACUGUGUUUGAAAAUGCAUCCAGUGUAAAUAGGAAUGCUUAGUACAUUUGAUCAGCUGAUCAGUCAAUACAGAUCGGCUAAUCGGCCGUGUUUCUUCAACGUUAAACCAAUGUUCCCUUCACUACCAGGAUGUCCAAGGAACAUUGAGGACACGCUGCAUCAUGUUAGUUGUUGAUGGGUAUCUGCUUGCUUUUGUUGUUGCUGCCGUAGGUUUCUACAGUCUUGUUUUUGUACACCCUUUUUAAUAAACACUCAAUACCAAAUGGAA